AUGCCUGCAACAGUAGCCGCAGCGAGCAGCUCGGCGGCGCACGACUGCCGCCUGCAGGUUGACAGCGCAGGAAACGGCAUCACCGACCGGCCCUGGCGCGUGGCGCUGGAAUGUGCUGGCGGCAGCAAGCCCUCAGUGUCAGUGCAUCCCAACGCGUCAUUCGUGCUGAAUGGGCGCGACCGUGCAGCCCCGACAGCGUGCCCCCGUGCGGCAUGCGACAGCGACAGCAAUGGUGGCCGCGGCGGCGAUCUCGGCGAGUGCUGUGUCCUGACAUUCUGCGGCGGCAGCGGAUCGGUGCGGCUGUCACGUAGCCUCAUCACGGGCGUCAACGCACCCCAGCUGGCCGGCGUGGUGUGCGCUGCGGGCGGGGUCGACCUGAGUUUCAGCGAUGCUGACAUCAGCAACAAUACCGCCCGCAACGGAGCGUUGCGCGCGCUGGGGCUGGGCACGCGGGUUGCGUUGAGCAACAGCACGCUGCGCAGCAACGUUGCUGUAGCCACCAGUGAUGACAAGGGAGGCUCUGGCGGCGCGCUGUACGUCGGCGGCGGCGCUAGUGCACUCCUGACCGGCAGCCGCGUGCUGGGCUGCAGCGCCUCGCGCGACGGCGGCGGCGCUUUUGUCAAGGGCAACGGCUCAUGGCUCACUGUGACCGGCGGCGAGUUCUCCAAGAACAGCGCCACAUUGGGGCACUCUGGCGGCGCGGUGAUGGUCAUCGACGGCGCGGCGCUUGAGGCAAACAGCGUGAUCUUCACCGGGAACCAGGCGGACUUUGGCGGCGCGGUGGUUGCAAGCAACGCCACCGCUAAGCUGCGCGGCGGCAGCUUGAUGGGCAACACCGCCAUCGGUGGCGGUUGCGGGGGUGGCCUGUUUGCCACGGGCAAGCUGUCGUCGGCGCGGCUAGAGGGGGUGCAGGUCUAUGGAAACCGUGGCAACGAUGGGGCUGGGCUGUGCGCUCACAACGCAUCGAUUCUGAGCGUGAACGGCAGCGGCUCCAUUAUCGUCAACAACACGGCAGCGUACAAGGGCGGCGGUGUGCACGCCAUGGCGACGCGCCUUGUCAUUGCCAGCGGCACGCUCAUUGCCAACAACUCGGCCACCAACAGUCUGGGGGGCGGCGUCUACGUGUUUGCCUGCAGCAGGGGCGUCGAGAUCACUAACGCCACCCUGGUGGGCAACAGCGCCAAGGACGGCGGCGCCGCAAUAUUCAUAGACGCAGAGGGCUCGCGCGUGUCCAUGAGUGGCUGCCAUGUGGCCGACAACAGCGCUGCGACCCAGUGCGGCGGAAUCUUUGUGGCGACAGACUCGGCCGUCGUAAUCCGAGGCGGCGACGUCCGCGGCAACACGGCCCGCCGGGGGAGGGGCGGGGGCUUCUGCGCCGACAGGAACGUGACAGUGGACCUGAUAGGCGUGACCUUUGCCAACAACACCGCCCUGGAGGGCGGGGCCGCCGCAGUGGACGGCGUGAACACCACCAUUGUGCGGUUCACACGCUGCACCCUUAGCCACAACAGUGCCUGGACGUCAGGCGGGGCGGCGAGGAUGAGUUUGGAGGGGUCUGUGGGGUUUGACGGCUGCACCUUGGAGCACAACAGUGCAACCCGCGGCGGAGCGAUUGCUUUGGAGGUGGUCGGCAGCCCCGGCGCCCGCGUGGCGCUCAAACUGACACGCAGUGUUGUGCGCAACAACAACGCGUCUGUCUCUGGGGGCGGCCUCGACCUCAAUUGCGGCGCAACAGCAUUGGUCAAUUCUACUUUGACCAGCAACCAUGCGCAGCUUGGGGGCGCCGUCGCGUUUGAGUGUCCCGACGCGUGGCGCGGGGAUCUGGAUGUGUCGCGUGACUGCAACAUAUCCAACAACUCAGCGGCACUCGCCCUGACCGCUGACGGCGAGCGCAUGCCGGGUGUCCGUGUGGCGGCGCGCUUGUUGAGCGCAGCGCCGGGCGUGACCCUGACCAGCAACAUCAACGUGACCGGGGACGACGGGCUUGCGACAUUCUCCGGGAUCAAGCUGCGCGGCAGCCCCGCCGACUACCUGAUCGCCGUGAAGGCCGAGGAUUUUGACGUGGAGUCCGAGGCAAGGGUGGCCAUCCGUGUCCGAGACUGCGUCCCGGGGGAGGGGGCACUGUGCUACAACGGCUCCCAAUUGGUGGCGCGCAACGGGUACUACCGGUCAGCAAACUACUCUGAGCAGGUGCACCCUUGCCCUAACCGAGCGGCCUGCACGGCGCCAGAGCUCGCAAACGCGACCUCACGGCCUUUCCUCACGCCCGCUGAGGCAGAGGCGGCCGCCAAGCCCGAGCAGCUGUGCGCCAAGGGCUACACGGGCCCCCUGUGCCUGACCUGCCAGCCAGGCUUCGGCAAAGCCGCCGCCCUGACGUGCCGCGCCUGCCGCAGCCCAGGCAAGACCAUCCUCUUCUUUGCCAUUGGGAUGCUCGUGCUGCUCGCCUUCAUGCACAUCUCUGUGCGGCUCGCCCUCCGCGAGAACCAGGCCGCAUCCACAGGCGCCGAUGUGUUGCACGGCGGCGGCAGGCACGGCAGCAGCCGCAGCCGCGGCCGGCCCGUUGGCGCUGCUGACGUCAUCAAGGUGAUGGUCCGUCAUCUGCAGCAGCUGCAGCUGAUCUCCGAGGUUCAGCUGGACUGGCCGCGCCAGCUGGCAGAGUCCACCAGAUGGAUCUCGUGGCUCAUCCAGCCAGGCGCAGCCACCUCGGCGCUCGAGUGCGUGGCGCCGCAGCUGCGGGGCGCGCCCCUCGCGGGCGCUCGCCUGGCGUUCUGGCUGCUCCUCCCGUUUGUGGUGUUUGCUGUGCUCCUUGGCACGCAGAUGCUGCACCAAGCAGUGGCCCAUGGGUAUAUGGUGGGGGCCGUGUUCAGCACGUUUGCCUGCAUCAGGGUCGACAGGGCCGCCAGCGACGGGGCCCAGGGCCUGCAGCCCGGGCGGUUUGUCGGGAGGUUCUGGCUGGCGGACAUGUCCCAGCAGUGCUGGGCGACCGGCGGGAACCAGACGGUGCUGGCGCUGACCGUCGGGGUCCUGGGAACCGCAGUGCUGUGCGUCGGUCUCCCCGCCGCGAUCGUCAUGGUGGUGCGCCGCCGCCGCGAUUCGCUGGACGAUCCGCGGUUCUUGCGGCACUUUGCGUCACUCAUCAGCGACUACAAGCCCAAUUACGCCUGGUGGGAGGCGGUCAACCUGGUGCUGAUGGCGAUGCUGGUGGCGGUUGGCACUUUUGGGAAGAUCAUGGGGGGUUACCUCAACCUCCUAUCGCUGGCUGCCGCUCAGCUGCUGAGCGUGACGGUGCAGGCGCUGUGGCGGCCGCAGCGGCUGGCCUAUGCUGGUCUGACGUACUUUGAUGUCUCAGGGUCAACCCCCGUCAACGACAUCUGGCGGGCGUUUUCGGCCUUCUUUGUGGUGGUCGUCAACGCGGCCAUCUUGACCUACCUGGUGGCACUGAUUUUGAUUGCCGGCGCCCGCACCCUGGUGCGCGUGCUCAGCCAGUCCGUGUCAAGCGGCGGCAGCCUGGAAGGCCUGGGGCGGCUGCUCACCAGGAGCAGGGUCGGCCUGAUGCUCGCGGCCUCCGCGGCGAAGCUCUCGGGCAGCAGCGGCGGCCGCGGCGACGGCGACGGCGCGAAGGACGGGCGGAUCGGCCCGGGCGGGCCGCGCGAGAGCCGCGCAGGCGUCGGUGGGGACGAGGACGGCGCUGCCCUUGAACGGGCGUCCGUGGGGCGGGACGCGCCGGUGCCGCCGCGCGAGUCGCGGCUGGAGGCUGGCAUAGAGGAGGGCGACGACGCGAGCGCGUUUGUUGCGACAAGGCGGGAGGUGUGGGCGCAGCGGGCUGGGGCGCUCGGCGCGACGGUCGCGGCGGGCGCUGCGGCGGUGCUUGCAGCUGCAGAGGGUAUCACGCCGCGAAGGGCCCCACUGUGA